AUGGAACAAGACAAAAACGAAAGUAACAUGAACGAAAGUAUCAACGAAAACAAAAAUGGUGGUGAUGGAAUCAUAGUAUCAGAUCCGAAGGGAGAAAGGGUUAUUGAGUUUCCUUGCAAAAGAAGCAUAGCUGAGAGAAGGGGUUUCAAUAAAAAUGCAACAAGUAUCAACACAGGAGGAGGAGUUAUACGUUUGGAUGCAACAAUGAAAACCCCUUUUGUUUCUCUUCCAGCUCGAUCACCACAUCUCACAAUACCACCGGGAAUUAGUCCCACCGCAUUGCUUGAGUCCCCGGUCAUGCUUCCUAAUUCUCAGGCCAUGCCAUCUCCCACCACGGGAAGUUUUCCCAUGCUUCAACCUCCAAUGCUCACUUCCAUUUCAAAAGAUGAAGGAAACAUGGAUAUUUCUACUUCCUCUGAUGUUGCUUCCUCUUCCAAAUUCAAGUCUCAAGCCGAUUUUAAUUCUAAUUCUCUAAAUCAGGGUUCUAAUAAUUAUCAAAUGAUGACUGGAGGGCAUAAAGUGGAUCAAAUAUUUGUUCAAGAUCAAGCACCAAUAGAUUUUUCAUUCUCUGAAGAUUUUUCAAAUAACUUUUUUAUAAAAAAUAGUGGAUUUCCUUUAUACAGUGAUUUGAAAAUGGUAGAUAUGAUGGUUGAUAACAUUGAUGUACCAAUCUCUUAUUCCGAAGAAGCUAGUGAUGAAAGUAAUCUUGUUGAAAAUUCGAUCCCUGUGGAUGAUAUUGGACAACAACAUGUCUUAGAAGUAGAACAAAAAGAAACAUGUUAUGCAAUCGGAGCAAAGAACUCCGAGGAUGGUUAUAAUUGGAGAAAAUAUGGACAGAAACAAGUAAAAGGAAGUGAGUUUCCAAGAAGCUACUAUAAAUGUACUCAACCGAGUUGUCAAGUCAAGAAAAAAGUUGAAAGAUCACAUGAUGGCCAGAUAACUGAAAUCAUUUACAAGGGUAGUCACAACCAUGCCAAACCACAUUCCAAUCGCCUAGGAUCAAUACCUUCGAAUGAUGAGAUUUUAGAAACUGCUGAAGCCAAUGAAACAUGUGAUUCAGUAUGGAGAAAUAAUCAUUCGCGAGAAAAAGAUGCAAACCAUAACUUGGAGCGGAAGCUUGAUGGUCAAGAAAGGACAUCCCCGCCUUCUUUUACGACCGAGCUUUCAGAUCCCGCCAAGAGAGCUAUAUCAUCAGAUGAAGCUAAAGAGAAUUCUUCUGCAUUUGUUAAUCGUGAUGGUAAUAAAGAUGGAUCCACUCAAAUAGUUUUACCAAUUGAAGAUGGUGCUGAAGAUGGUGAAUCAGAAUCGAAAAGAAGGAAAAAGGAAAGCUAUCCAACUGAACCAAUGAUGCCUGCGAGGGCUAUUCGUGAGCCGCGAGUGGUGGUCCAAAUCGAGAGUGAAAUCGACAUACUUGAUGAUGGUUAUCGUUGGCGAAAGUAUGGCCAAAAGGUUGUCAAAGGGAAUCCAAACCCAAGGAGCUACUACAAAUGCACAAGUGCUGGAUGUAAUGUAAGGAAACAUGUGGAAAGAGCUUCACACAAUUUAAAAUUUGUUAUCACUACUUAUGAGGGAAAACAUAACCAUGAGGUUCCAACCGCUAAGAAUAACCAUCAUAUAAGUUCAAGUGAUGUUGGUUUACAUUCAAGUGGUGCUAAUGCGUUACAUGGGAGUGCCGGUAUCAUGAAGUCGGAAGCACAUCAAACUCUUGCAUCUCAUUUUGAUAGAAAACCCGAUUUAAGCAAUGAGUUUUUGCGGUCAAGUUUGAUGGGAAGUUUCACUAAUGAUAUGAAGUUUGGACCUUCUUCUAUAUCCCAAAUGAAGUAUUCUUCCUUGGAUAAUAUCAUACCUUAUGGAUGCUCCUAUGGAAUGAAUCUCGAAUGUGGUAUUGCGCCUCAAGUUGGGCAUAUUCCUCCAAUGUUCCCAGAAUAUCCAAUGCCAUUACCAUUGAAUCUUGCUUCAUCUGGAAAUUUUUCUCUUGAUGGAAUUAAUUUCAACUAUGCAAAACCAAUGAAUUAUGUUCAGUCUUACCUUUCAAAUCAGCAGAUGAAGGACUUUGAUACAGGACUUCUAAGGCCUAAAGAGGAGUUGAAUGAUGAUUCUUUAUAUACUUCAUGUCCAACCUCUUUUGAUCAUGCAAGUUCCUCACUGAAUCCACCAUCAACAUCACCACCACAAUCCAUUUAUCAAAGUGUCAUGCAGAAUUUCCCUUCAUAA